UUUCUAUCGUGUAGUUGUGCUCACUGCAAGGACUUGGCAACACUGUAGUCUUUUUCAAUGUCGUUUGGACUUCUCUGUGGGCGAUGUACGCGCUUGUUGGCUAACCAAACCUGCGUAGUCACUCCACUGAGCAACAAGGGGUCCAUUAACUUGGAGCUGUCUUCGCGGCAUUUCUCGUCCACGCCUGGAGUACUUGCUUCCAGGGUUGCCACAAAGAAACCCAAGCUCACGAAGAAACAACUUGCGCUGAUAGCAAAGAAACGUGCAGAAAAACGCGAAAAGAAUGCAUAUGCACAAGAAAAGAUGACACUCCCGGACGCCAUCGCUGUCCUUCGCGCAGUGGAGGUUGCACGCCCUCAUUCGACUUACGAAAUAACCAUUAGGACUGCCAUGUCGCGUGGUGCACCAGUUCCUACUGGCCGGAUAAAUCUUCCACGGGAGGCGAAACCCAAGAAGGAAGCCCGCAUCCUCGUCUUUGCGGAGGGGCGGCAGGCGGAAGAGGCACGGCGCGCUGGUGCUCACACAGUUGGUGGCCUUGAGCUUGUGGAGAGCGUCGCAGCGGGCAAACACAACAAUUGCACAACAGUGCUAUGCACCACUAGUCUUAUCCGCGGCAUCACAUCGAAACUCGGCCGUGUAUUGGGUCCGCGUGGGCUCAUGCCAUCUGAGCGUCGCGGCACGGUGACAGAUGACAUUGAGGGAUACAUCUCAAGGCUGUCCAGCACCACUGAGUGGAGGGGGGAUAAGUCGGGUACCAUCCGCAUGCCCAUUGCCAAGGUGUGCUAGUUCUUUCCUCCAUUGAGGUAUAUUCAGAGCGUCACUAAUAUCUGCUCAAUAUUGCAAAUAGAUGCAUUUCCCUAUCGAGGAC